GACAAAAAUAAAGAAGAAACAAAACAGUUAACAAUUCUAUAUUGUUUUCUCUAUAUAACAUAUUCCUUACCAUAAAUAACCAAAAGAGAAAAGAAUAACACAAAGAACCAAAAAAUCAUGUCAUCUACUACCUUAAUAACCAUUAUGAUAUUAGUCAUUUUCUUCUUUGCAAAUAUUGAUGUCAUAGCUUCUGAACCAUGCACCGAAAGAUUCACGAAACUCAUCAAACAAAGAAACAUAACAAAAUGCAAAACAUUACGAACUCUAGGAGCCGAAUUCGGUUGGAACUAUUACAACAUCACAAAUUCAACAACCACACUUGAAAUCUUAUUUGGUGCAUGUUUUUAUUCAAGACAAGGGUGGAUAGCAUGGGGGGUGAAUCCAGGAAAAAGGGCUGAAAUGAUUGGAACAAAAGCAAUCAUAGGAAUUAAAAGCCAUGAUUUUGCUACGGCUAAUUCACAUUUGACAGUGGCCACUUAUGAUAUUACUAAAGAAACUAAAGGUGGUUGUAGUCUUUUACCUACCAAUGAUUCGGGACUUAAUGUGUCACAUAUGGUGAUUCAAAAUCAAGGGUCAGAUUUUUAUACUAUAUAUGCUAGAUUGGUUCUGCCUUCUGAUAAAUAUAACAUAUCAAGGUUGAACCAUGUUUGGCAAAUUGGAAAUGUUAUUGAUGGAAGACCUUUGAAUCAUCCAACAACUCUUCACAAUGUAGAUAGUACUGAGACUAUAGACUUGACUUCUCCCCGUGGUGCGAGCAUGGGACAGUACCGAAGUUUUCUUCGAACGGUACAUGGAGUUCUAAACAUUAUAGGGUGGGGAACAUUGUUACCAAUUGGAGUAAUAGUCCCAAGAUACUUUAGAGUGUAUCCUUUCAAACGUGACCCAUGGUGGUUUUAUGUGCAUAUUGGUUGCCAAUUAACUGGUUUUCUCGUUGGUACUGCUGGUUGGGUUAUUGGUUUGGUUAUUGGACACUCUUCUAAGUACUACAUCUUCCACGCUCAUAGAGACUUUGGCAUUCUUAUUUUCACUUUUAGUACAAUCCAGAUGUUGGCUUUUAGGCUAAAACCAAAGGCAACAGAUGAUUACCGGAAAUAUUGGAACAUGUAUCAUCAUUUUCUUGGAUAUGGAUUACUAGCUAUCAUAUUCAUAAACAUAUUUAAAGGAAUUAACAUUUUGCAUGGAGGUGAAAGUUGGAGAUGGAGUUACAUUGGAAUUCUUAUAUGUUUGGGUGCCUUUGCAUUUACUUUGGAGAUUUUCACAUGGAUUAAAUUUAUCAUGGUGAAAUGGCACAACCACAAUAAUAAUAGGGCAAAUCAGCAAAAUAAAGAUUAGUUGGAGAUCAAUGUCAGCAAUCAAAAUCAAAAGGAGUAAACACAUUGGCCAACCAUGUGAGGAUCACUAUAUGUUGGCUUCAAUAAAAUGUGUUCUUUAUUUUUGGCAUAUUUUUUUCAUGUAUAAUUUUCGAUAGUUUAAUAUAUAAGGUGAGAGUGUCAAUCUUUAUGAAACUAUUUUAAGUUUUUAUAUUAUCUUUAUUAUAUGUGAGACUCGAGUUUUUUCUAAUACACCCCUCAUGUUCAACACUAAUAGGAUUAAUGAAUGCAUGAUUUGUGUUUAUCA